UCAGACGGUUUGUUGUUAGCUUGACUAUGUAAGUCCCAAUAGAAAAACGUAUUAUUUAGUAAAACAAAUGCAUGAUUUAUGUAUUAGUACUCGAAGGUCUUCGUGGGGGUUACCUCUUCUAGAUGUUUAUUUGUAACCGCAGGGAUUAUUUCUCCCGUCGGUUUGCAGUAUAAAAAGUAGCUAGGCUACAUUAGCAAAGGACUGUUGAGCUCCGUGAAGCUAAAGCUGCUAACAACACAGACCUGAUCAGUCUCUCUGAGGUUGACGCUGAUAAAGUUCAUGGUUUAAUGCAACAAGACGAGUCCACUUUCCGAACUGGUCUCCUUCUUGGACCAGGUGCUGAUUUGUGUCUGAUUCCAUUCGAGGCAGCAAAAAGGGGAUGUGAAUGAAACCUUCAUCUACUAUAACAUGUGAAGGCUGAAAACAAGCAUUGUGAAAAGGAGAAUCCCAGGUGGAGCGAGGAUGACUGAGAUGAUGAAGGUUGAAAUUGACGAACCUGGAGGGUUCGGCUUGGAAGCCCCCAUGCCUGCAGGAUCCACAUCAGAACAGGAGGAAACACAUGACAGCAAGGAUCUCAUGUUCCCAGACCUCCAGAUUGUGGUGGUUAAAGAAGAACAUUGUGAAUCAUGGAGCUCCAGCUCUGACCAGCAGGAUCCUGAGCUCCCCCACAUAAAGGAAGAAGAAGAGGAACUGUGGAUCAGUCAGGAGGAAGAGCAGCUUAUUGUGAAGACUGAAGAUGAAGAGAAACCUCAGUUAUCAGAUCUUCAUCAGAUGAAAACUGAAGGCAACACAGAGACUGAUGGUCUGAGCAGCAGCUCAGCUGAACAGAAGGAAACAGAACCUGAUGGAGUCGACUGUUUAGGAUCAGAACCAGACAGGAACCCAGAUGCACAGUGUUCUUCCAAACAAGUUAAGACGACUGUUCACAAAAGAGGUAAAAGAUCUAAAAUUAGUUCCAAGCUUACAACUCAGAGUGAAGUCCAAACAGGAGAAAGGCCAUUUGGUUGUGAUGUUUGUGGCAAAAGAUUCAAAUGUAGAAUUCAUGUUGAUUUCCACAUGAAGACUCACACUGCAAAGAGAGAGCAUAACUGUGAUUUUUGUGGUAAAGGAUUUCAAGACGACCAUUCCCUACAGACGCAUGUAAGGGUUCACACUGGAGAGAAACCUUUCGCUUGUGAUGAUUGUGGGAAAAGGUUUCAUGCAAAGAAUAUUCUUAAUAGUCACAUGAAAGUUCAUUCAGAAGAAACAUUUCCUUGUGAGAUUUGUGGCUCAAUAUUUAAAAGAAAAGAAAGCCUUAAGAAGCACAUGUGGACCCACACUUCACAGAGACCGUUUGUCUGUAGUGUUUGCAGUAAAGGGUUUUUGAAACAAGAUCAUCUAAAGGGCCACAUGCGUAUUCACACAGGAGAGAAGUCGUUCAUUUGUAGUUUCUGUAGCAAAGGGUUUUCCCUGCAACACAAUCUGAAAAGACACAUGGUUGUUCACACGGGAGAGAAACCACUGAUUUGUACUAUUUGCAGUAAAGGAUUUUCACAACAUUUAGAUCUGAAGAGACACAUGCGUGUCCACACAGGAGAGAAACCCUUUAUUUGUAGCGUUUGUAGUAAAGAAUUUUCAAAUCCCGGAGGUCUGAAAAAGCAUAUGAAUUUUCACACCGCAGCGUUCAGCUGUAAUGACUGUAGUAAACAUUUUGUGGAUGAAAUGCAGCUGGAGCGACAUGCGAGAGUCCACAUAGAGGAGAGACCAUUUGCUUGUGACGUCUGCAAAAGCAGAUUUAAUCACAAGUGUCACCUUAAAAAGCACAUGCGAGUCCAUUCUGGAGAGAAACCGUUUAUUUGUGGCGUUUGUAGUAAGGGAUUUACAUUACAGGAGAAUCUAAAGAGACACAUGCGCACUCACACAAGGGAGAAACCGUUUGAGUGUAGUGUUUGCAGUAAAGCCUUUUCGCAGCAUGGAAAUCUGAAAAGACACAUGGGUGUUCAUGAGGGCUGCCACUCGUGAUUGUUUUGAUGGUUGACAAAUCGCUCUGUAAUUUCCCAACAGUCUUUAUUUUGCAGAUUGGGAGAAAGCUGCUGUCAUGAGAUUUUUUGGAUGCAUCUCUGAUCAAACACCCUCAUCAUCAUGGCUUUCAGCUCCAGGCGUGUUGGAAAAGGGAUGCAACCAAUUUAGGCACUCCCUCUCUGCAGAAUGAUAUAAAUUCUCACAGUAAGUUGAGAUGCGUUUAAGAAAAAUAUACAUUUGAAAAUACAAUUCUUAUGUAGCUGUAUUUUAAAUUAUGUUUGGGCAAAAUCCAUUUUUAAUGCUAUUAAUCAUUUAUUACUACUAGAGAACACAAUCAGAGAUUCAGAGCCAAUUUCUGAUCUUUGGGUUCAGUAAAGCAUAUUAUGUGAACCCAUCUUCUUAAAAUCUAAUCAUGUCUUUCACUCAUUUAUUGUUUAAGCUACUAGUGAUGGUGCUGUUGGUUUAAUCAUUGAUGUCCUUUGACUGUUUCUCUUUAAAAAGCCAGUUUGGUGCUCUUGUUCUUUGUUGCUUCUGUCUUUGGUCACAUUGUUCAUGUCUGUGCUUUGUUUUUUAUUGUGUGAGAAUUGUUGACAGUGUUCAACCAAUGAGUGAUGUUUAGUGCCUAACCAACCUGAACGUUAAUCCUGGUUUCAAAUGUACCGCCUCUCUAUCAGAGCUCUUUUCAGAAAGUAACAGUUACACUUUGUAGCUCUCUGUCAACAUAAAUUAUUCACAUGACUACAAGACAAUGGGCUUAUUUUUGUUAAAAUAAGCUCUUCAUAAAGUACCAGACAUUAGGAUGCUACAUGGAACUUGGUUCCCAAUAGUGUCUCUUUAAGCCACAGGUGUCAGACUCCAGUCCUCGAGGGCCCACUGUCCUGCAGUUCUUAUAAGUGCCACAGGUACAAAAACACUGGAAUAAAAUGGC